AGGGUAGCCAGUGUGAUAGAGGGCAGCGGGAGACUAAAAACGAUAGCAAACAGGUGUUCAAUUGAGCUUUUAGAAGGACUUAAUCACAGACCCAGUGGGGGACAUCACCGGUAUGGAGCUGCCCAGUAGAUUCCUGUCAGAGGAGCAGUUCUGCUGCUCCAUCUGUCUGGACAUGUUCUCCAACCCUGUGUCCACGCCGUGCGGCCACAGCUUCUGCCUGGACUGCAUCUCCUCCUACUGGGACGGCAAGAACAAGCAGAAGGUCUGGCAGUGCCCACUGUGCAAGGAGAGCUUCCGCCGGCGCCCCGACCUGCAUGUCAACCACACGCUGAAGGAGAUCACCGAGCAGUUCAAACGCAUGGCCGAGGCUACCGACACGGCGUCAGCCAUGGCCGCCACCAGCGUUACCGCGGCAGGGGUCUCCUCGGCUGCUGCCAACCCCACCUCGGCCGUCUUGCGCCAACCCAAAGAGCUGCCCAACGAGUUGAUCAGUGAGAUGAAGAGCCGGUUCCAGAGGCCACUGGCCACUCACAGCGGCCAGCCGGCUCUACCUCCCUAUGAGGCCCACUCUCCACCACCUGUGGGGGUCACGCGGCGCUUCACAAUGGGCAGCCUUGGAGGCGAGACUUCCUCAGACGCACCUCCAUGCCCCGUGCACAGGCUAGGACUGGAGCUCUUUUGUCGUAAUGACCAAGUGUGCGUUUGCACUGCCUGUAUCGACAAGGACCACUAUGGACACUCAGUUGUACCUGCCAAGAGGGAGUGGGCCAUCAAGAAGGCUCACAUGGGCAUUGUGGAGGUGGAGCUGAAGGAUAUGAUCGAGCUGAGGGAGAAGAAGGCCAAGGAGAUCAGGUCCGCCUUGGCUGAUAUUCAGGCCAAAGCUGACCAUGAGGUCCAGGGCAGUGCCAGCAUGUUUACGUCUCUGGUGGCCACCAUCGAGGCCAGGCAGGCCCAGCUGCUGGAGGUGGUGGAGCAGGGCCGCCUGUCCGCCGAGCUGCGGGCACAAGUGCUCCUGGGCGACCUGGAGCAGGAGACGGACGAGCUAAGGAGAAGGAGCACUGCGUUCACACAGCUCUCCGAGUCUAACGAUUACGUCUUCUUCCUCAAGACCUUCCCAUCACUCUCUACGCAAAGUCCUAUGACACGUGAGUGGGCGCAGGUGUCGUUGACCCCUGACCCCAUGGCUGGGGCGGUGCUGCGUGGCAUCACUCAUAUGGUGGAGCGCCUUCAGGAGGAGCUUCAGAAGCUGCCGGAGAUCUGUUCGCAUUCACAAACAGAAACAUCACUUCCCUCAUGUCAGCCAAGACAGCAGAGUGUGCAGGAUUAUGCAGAAAAUGUGACCCUUGACCCCUCCACCGCUCACCCGAGGCUAGUCCUCUCCACCGACUACAAGCGGGUUCACUGCAGUGACCACUACCAGCCAGUGCCUGACUCUCCGCUGCGCUUUGACCGUGUCGUCUGUGUCUUGGCCGAGCAGGCAUUUACGUCUGGUCGCCACUACUGGGAGGUGCACGUGGGGGGCAAGACUGACUGGGACCUGGGCAUAGCCAGCCACGCCAUCAACCGCAAAGGCAAGAUCAUGGUCAGCCCCGCACAUGGCCUCUGGUUCCUCAGCCUGCGCAACAAACACGACUAUGUCUUCCGCACUGACCCCUCCACUGCACUGAACCUGCCCAGCAAGCCCCAGAGGAUUGGAAUCUUCGUGGACAUGGACAACGGGCUGGUCUCCUUCUACGAUGCGGGAUCCAAGCACCUCAUCUACACCUACACGGACACCUUCACUGCGGUCAUCCACCCUUUCUUUAGCCCCUGCACCAACAAGUCGGGCAAAAAUGAGUCGCCACUGGUCAUCUGUCCCAUCUCACAAGAGUAAGGGGAAUGGGACAUAUCGAUGCUAUAGACAUAAGCAUAUUCUUUCUGUAUUGUAUAUUGGUUCUGUAUAAUUUGGACUAUGUGGACAAAAUAAAACCUCAGAUGUAAACCUCA